AGACCCUUGUGAUGUUAGCGUCAUUAUUAUCCCAUUUUAAAGUUGAGGAACUUGAAUCACAGAUAUUAAGGGACUCGUCCAGGGUCACACAGUUAGUAAGUGUCUGAGGGUAGAUUUGAACUUCCUUCUUACGCUAGGCUCCAUUAACUGUCCGAGAUGGGUCAGGGAGAAGAGGCUUUAAAUCUUGAAGUUCGAGACAAGAGUCUGGAAAAGCCCCUGACGCAGUUCUUUGCCUUUAUGUCUCCAGGGCGUCUGACAGAAAGAAGCAGGGCUUCCUGGGGCUGGGAACAACCACCAUGGCUGUGUCUUCCAUUGCCCAGCAGGGGGUAUAUAUGCCUGAUAACGCAACGGAGAGCAGUGUGAAUGGUAGUUUAGUUCCUGGAACACCUGCAGAAUCGGAAGCAUUUGCCUGGAUGAGCCUCCUCACUCAGUUCAUUGUUGUGGUUGGAUUGGUGGGGAACACCAUCGUCCUGUGGCUGCUGGGCUUCCGCAUGCCGAGAAACCCCUUCUCUGUCUACAUCCUCAAUCUGGCUGGGGCCGACGCCCUCUUCCUCUGCGGCCAAACUGCACGCUUCAUUCUGCGAUGUGCUGGAUAUUCUAAUCUCGCCUCAGCGAUGGGAGUGAUCUACGUCAUCAACUCAUCCUACACGGCGGGCCUGAGCCUGCUGGCGGCGAUCAGCACCGAGCGCUGUCUCUCCGUGCUCUUCCCCUUCUGGUACCGAAGCCACCGGCCCAAGCACACUUCUCCGGGGGUGUGCGCUGUCCUCUGGGCUCUGGCCAGCCUGCUAGGGGUAGCAGAUUUGAUAUUUUGCGUACAUGCGCACAAUCACCAUUUCUGCCCCACCUUCUUCAUCGUCCGGGCCGUGUGGUUCUUCCUCCUCACCGCUGUGCUGUGUGUGUCCAGCCUGACGCUGGUGCUCCGGGUCCAGUGCAACUCCCAGCGCCGACGGCCUCCCCGGCUCUACCUCCUGAUCCUGCUCACCGUCCUCCUGUUCCUGCUCUGCGGCCUGGCCCCCGGGAUCAAAAUUUCCAUCCGGAGUUUGUAUUUAGCCUUCCGGAAUCAUUGGCUCCCUACUCUCCUGGCCUGUGUGAACAGCAGCCUGAACCCCCUCAUCUACUUCUUCCUGGGCAGCCACAGUCAUAGAAAAGAGAGGGAGUCCCUCAAAGUGGUCCUACAGAGGGCUCUGGGGGACAAGCAGGAAUUGGAAGGGGAGGGGAGGAACACUUCCCACACCAUCACGCCGGAGACAUCCUCCUGGGACUGAGAAAAGAUGCUCAGCUAUGGGAGUCCAUGAAGUGAGCCGCCUGCCCCAGGUCCACAUGCCGCCUCCCUCCCACUUAGGGCGUAGCGUGAGGAACUGGUAUUUGUUAAGCACCUACUAUACGCCAGGUGCUGUAACAAGCCAUUUAUAUAUGCUUCCUUUAAUCCUCACAAAAUUCUUAGGAGGCUGAUAUUCUAACAACCCCCAUUUUAUAGUUGAGGAAACUAAGGCAGGCAGAAGUUCAGUGACUCCUUACCCAGGAUCCCAAAGUAAGUCAACUUGAAUGCAGCUUUUCCCGGCUCCAGAUCCAAUGAUCUGGAGCUCCCUAGCUAUAUGAGGCCUCCAGGAUUUACUUGGGGAAUGAGGUCCAGAGCCAAGGGAUCAAUCAAUGCAACAAAUAGCCACUCAUUGUCUCUCAAAGAGUAGAGAUAAAGGAAAGACAUCCCCUCUGGCCCAAGCCUUCCUGUCCUUGCCUCUCUGCUCAUGAAGGGAUAGUCAGGACUCAGACUCCUCAAGGUUCCAAGAGUCAUGCUCCCCAAAUCUGUUGUCUUCUCUCAGGCUUGAUCUCCUAGGUUCUCUCAGAUCUCCUCCCCCUCCCUCUGCCCUGAACAGAGGAGACGCCAGCUUAUCUGAGUACCCCUGUAUUUCCUGAUCUUUCUCCCUUCCCUUCCCCCUCCCAUGCCCAUCAUAGGAAGGAACUAAGCUGAAUACUUCACAGUCAAGGCAAAAGCUGGGCAUCCUCUCUCAUCUUCAGGCUCUUUCUCCAAGUCUCAGUCUCUCUGGAUCUCUGGGUUUCUCUCUUUCUGUGACUGUCUUCAUUCCAAUCUCUCUUUUGCUCUGUGUGAUCUAAGUCUGUAUGAGGACCUUGUAUGGGGGGAAAGUAAUGUAGGGGUAUUAUAUGGCCGGGGGCACUGUGGAAGCCAAGACAGGGGAAAGGGAUGCACUCUCUCAUACACAUACAAAUCAAACAGAACAUACACUCACUUGUCAUCAGAAAUGAUCCAUACAUUCAAUUAACUGAAAGUAUGUUUGUGGAGAUUGGUAACAGGGGAUAAGAAACAGAUGUUUUAUCAGAACUUUAAGGCACACAAAUAAAGAUGAAAACACCAGAAGUCUGUGGGUAGAUUUGAUUUCCUUAAAUGGUGUUCAAAGACAAAAAAUGGGAAGAUGGGAUACUAUAAGAGGGAAUAAAAGGAGGAAGGAGAGGAAAACCACUACUGGAUAAUAGAGAUACAUAGGAUGUAGUGUAUAUAUAGUCAUGGACAAAAAAGCAAAACAGCAUUCAAGAAAUCAAAAUUCAACAUUUGCCAUAUGCCUAGAAUUAUACUAAAUUUAGGACAUGUUAAAUUUGAGAUAUCCAUGAGACAUUCAGUUUGUAAUGUCUAAUUAGAAGAUGGUGGUAUAAGAUUAGGGCUCAGGAGAGAGUAGGGUUAAGUUGUAAGGAUAAUUUUAGAGUUGUGACCUACUCUAAAUUUAUUUGGUCAUCAGGGAAUAUCCCAAAUAAAAUACCCAAGUCAGUUUGGAAAUUUAUGGUGGUUUAAUUAAUAUAGCAGGAAGCAAUUAAGGAGAGGAGAGAUGGAAAGGGUAUAGGAUUUCUCCCACCUGGCCUGAGCUAGAGGGAGUUCAAAAUCCUCCACCGUGAGGUCUUUGAAAAUUAGAGGCUUUCUCUAAGAGGAUAGUGUUUGGAAGGUAAAGGAGAAAGAAUCAGCCUAAACUCCAAGAGAGCUCAUAGAAGACGCCUCACCUGAACUCACUGCUAAACCCAGACAAUAGCUGCCACCACGCCAAGAUGCCAAAACACUCAGCACGCUGCCACCAGCCACCUCUCAGCCACCAAAGAGCCCAGAGAGAGGAAGUGACACAAGAUAUAUAGACGGUUUUUACAUCACUUUCCUUCAUCUCACCUGUACCAAUGUUAAUUUAAGCUUGACUUAGGACUGCCCAGGGGUCUGUCAGCUGCUUCUGAUUUGUCAUUUGCUAGCUCAUGUCUAUCAUAGGCUAUCCUCCUAAAUAUUUAAUCCUUAAGUAUGGGUGUAGACAUUCCUGCUUUUGUUAGACUAAGUAGGGUGGAGUAAUCUAAAUUUUACAAUCCCCCCAUGAUGAUUGGGAGACUAGUCUCCCCAAUUGAUCACUAAACAUAAUCAUCCUGCACCUCCAAAUUUUCUAACUGCACGUGCAUAUAUAAUUUCACCUUCUAAGAGGAAACUAUAAAAGUUAGAUAUAAGAGGGAAAUAGAAGAAAGACAGACAGUAAAACCAAUGUUUUCUGGGCACAUUGACAAAAAGCAAUUAGGGGGCAGUCCACUUUUGGCAUAGGAGCAUACAUUCAAACAAAUGUUCAAUCAAAAGUCAGUUCAGUCAACCACAUCCAAAGUUCAUUUUGGAUCUUCUUGAUGAAGUGUAGGUUUUCUGGCAUCUUUCUGCAACAGUUCAUUCUCUGGAUUUAGUGGUUAGCAAGCUUCUUUCCUUGAAUAUCUUUCUCAAACAAAAAUUCAAAAUCUUGGAUUUUUAUUAAGAUACAAUACCUCCUGAAGUGGGUGUUAAGAAACAUCCAGUUCAGUUCAGGAUGCAAUGUUGAGUUGUGGGUGUUUGAGUCAAUUAUCUAAAGAAGAGAAAAACAACCAAAAACAUAAAGAAAGGGGAAAAAAUGGAAGAAAGUUAAACUUUUUGGAAAAAGAAAAAAAUUCAAAAUCAGAAUCAAAAUAUCAAAAUCUAGGUAUAUAAAAUGUUGAGUAACCAAGAAUAAAUUCAUAAUAGGCCCUUCUACAGGUCCAAUUUAAAGUAAUAUCUAUCCCACAAGUCUGCAGGACAGAAUUCAGUAAUAUUUCACUUACCCACUUGGAGUCAAGACUACAGGAAGUUGCCAUACUAUAAGAAGAAAAAGAACUAGAAUUUUAUUUUAAUAAGGAAGUGUCAUUCCCUGGUUUGAUUUUUUGUCAUUCUCAGGGGUAUGGGGAGCCAGGAUGAUAGUCAAACUUUGGUACUUGUCCGAAUACUUCACAAAGAGUCUAGAUAUGAGGAAGUCCUAUGACUUAACAUAUGUCAAGCAUCGCAACCUUGAGUCUCACACUAGUUUUUCCUGUGUGCUCUUUUUGGCACUAUUCAGGUCAAGUCUGUGCUCCUCGUUUUUAUCCCAUUUCCUAGAAUCAGGCACAAACAUUAAUCAUAGUCCCAUAACAUUCUAUAGAUAAAUGGCAGGUUCCUGCAGUUUAAAGCU